AUGACAAUCUAUUUGGUCAGCAUUUAGCCCGCGACACAAUCUAUGGUGCCAUUCAUGGUCAUCUGUACGACCUAAUCGACACAGAGAAGCCUCUUGUUUUAUCCCUGCAUGGACCGGCUGGAACCGGUAAGAACCACAUCACUCGACUCCUAGUUGACAGUAUUCUCACACGUGGAAUGAGUAGCAGCUUUGUGACUGUCAAGAUAUCAACCAAGGACUACCCUCAUAUGGAACUAAUUGAGGAUUACAAGAGAGAACUGGAAAAGCUGGUAACCUCCAAGGUUUCUUCUUGUUGUCUUUUACCCGUCUUUAUAUUUGAUGAAAUAGAGCGCAUGCCUCCAGGUUUGCUAGACAGUAUCAAGAUGUUCAUGGACAACCACCACAGCGUAGAAGGCAUCAAUUAUCGGAGAUCCAUCUUUAUAUUUCGGAGCAACCUAGCUGCGUCGGCAAUCACCAGUUAUGUUCUAGAUCAGUAUAACAAGGGAAGAGCCAGGGAGGAUAUCACCUUAAAAGAAAUGGAGGAAGUCAUCAGAAAAGACGUCGUUUCCAAAGCAAAUACCGGUCUGUACAAUGCCAAGAUCAUCAAUUCUCACCUCAUCAGCCACUUUGUUCCCUUCCUUCCGCUUGAAAAAAAUCAUGUAAGUAAGUGCAUCAGUGCAGAGUUCUUAAAGAUUGGCCGACUGCCUCUUAGGGUAGAAGAAGACGAAGUCCUGGCACAGCUCGAAUUUUUUGGGCCGCCAGGUCCGAAAGUGUUCGCUGUGAAAGGUUGUAAGAACGUGGCAGAGAAAGUCAAUGUCAUUCUUUACAAACAACUUCGUGAAAAUUACAAGAGGAAAAAUUCAGAAUUAUAAUGUGGAUAAUUAUGUGAUUGUAUAGCUUUUGGGGGAAUCAGAAACGAGUAAUCUUUUUACCUGACCUCAUGGCCCAAAGGUAUGGGGGCAGGGGCGGCGAUCCCGGGGGA